AUGGGUCUCAUGUCAGAGCUUUUCUUUCACUUGUAUAAGCUGCGUCCCAGUGUGGAGCUGAUGAAUUUCUGCAAAGAGGAGCUCAAGAAGAUCUCAGACAGAGUCACAUUCACCAACAUUGUUCUCUGGACCAGGAAGGACUUCCUACAAUAUUCCCAUCAGCUCACUCUGGAUCUGAACACAGUGAAUAAAUACCUCCGUCUGUCUGAGAACAACAGAGUGAUUAGAUUCAAUAAAACAGUUCAGUCAUAUCCUGAUCAUCCAGACAGAUUUGAUCAUUGGCGUCAGGUGUUGUGCAGAGAGAGUGUGUGUGGACGCUGUUACUGGGAGAUUGAGAGGAGUGGAGAUUAUGUGUCUAUAUCAGUAUCAUAUAAGAGCAUCAGCAGGAAGGGAUCAGGUGAUGAGAGUGAGUUUGGAUCUAGUGAUCAGUCCUGGAGUUUGUUCUGCUGUCCUGACAGUUACACAUUCAGUCACAAUAAGAUAGAGACUGCUCUCUCUGUGAAGUCCAUCAGCAGUAGAAUAGGAGUGUUUGUGGAUCACAGUGCAGGAACUCUGUCCUUCUACAGCGUCUCUGACACAAUGAGCCUCAUCCACACAGUCCAGACCACAUUCACUCAGACGCUCUAUCCUGGGUUUGGGGUUGGGUUUAUUAGAGGAAUGUUUAGUCUUGGAUCAUCAGUGAAACUGUGUUGAUGAAUCAGAAUAGACUGACGAGAGAUUCUACCCAUAAUGAUUUGAGCUGCAUGAUAAAUCAUUAACAGUGUUAUUACUGAGUCUCUUCUUUUCUCUUCAUGAUAUUAAUACUGCAGCUUUACUUCUGUCAGUGAAAUAACAUCAGAAUAAAUGUAAUAAAUCCUCACAUAGACAGAAAGAUCAGUGUGUGUGAGUCCUGCUGAGUGACACUGUGUUUCUGUGCUCUUCACAACCUACACUUGACCCUGGAGCACAAAACCAGUCAUAAGGGUCAAUUAUUGAAUGUAUCUGAUGUCUGGUUUGUUAGGAGGACAAUAUUUGUCUGAGAUACAACUAUUUGAAAAUCUGGAAUCUGAGGGAGCAAAAAAAUCUAAAUAUUGAGAAAAUCAUCUUUAAAGUUGUUCAAAUGAAGUUCUUAGCAAUGCAUAUUACUAAUCAAAAAUUAAGUUUUGAUAUAUUUACGGUAGGAAACGUACUAAAUAUCUUCAUGGAACAUGAUCUUUACUUAAUAUCCUAAUGAUUUUUGUCAUAAAAGAGAAAUGUAUAAUUUUGAUCCAUACAAUGUAUUGUUGUCUAUUGCUACAAAUAUACCUGUGCUACUGAUGACUGCUUCUGUGCUGCAGAGACACAUAUUUGUGUUAGUUAAAAUCAGUCAUUAAGUUAAUCAUAUUAAUAAUAACAAUUAUUAAUUAUUCAUAUUUUACAAAAAAUUACAUUUUUUUCUUUUAAAUUUUUAUGAUAUUUUUUCAAUGUUAUUUGUGUUCUCUGAUAUAAAUAAAGCUUCUACACACCUGAUGAAGAAA